AUGUCGGACCUCUCUCAUCCCGUCAUGCUAUUUCCCUUGAGGCUAAAUGACAGAGAUAGCGACAGGGACCGGGACAGAAAGCCAUCCUCCUCAUCUUCUACAUCGUCAAAGCCCAAACAACGUCAUCACCGCUCGUCCCACGGACGGCCCUCCCGCCCCUCAACCAAGGAUCGAGACCGUGACAUCCCCACGGGUCACUCCUCCACCACAUCGUUAUCUACUUCCAUCUCCGCCUCGCGCCAGCAGCGUCGGUCCUCCAUGCCGGGUGUCGACGCCGCCAGCCGUUCCGCUACGGCCUCUUUCCUCGAGUCGAGGACCAGUUUGCCCUACCCUACUUUCUCGAAAGCCCAUAGCAGAGAGGCUUCGGCAUGCACCCCCAGCCCGCCGUUGACGAGUCUGGAUCAGAACUCUUCCCGGAAGGGAAGCACGGUCGGCGACAAGGAAGAGAAGGCGGCAGAGGAGAAGAAAGCGAAACCCAAGGACCUAAAGACGAAGAUUCGGAUUCGAGCCGAGUCUACAAGAUCGUCUUCGAGUUUGCGCUCGAAAAGAGAUGAAGCGUCCAAGUCAAGCAAAACGGCGAGGCCAGAGACCCCGAAAUCCAACAAAGAGAAGGAUACACCGGCUCGGGUUGCAAGCAAAAAGUCUUCCAAAGCGAAGAUCGCUGACGAGGACAAGCUCCCCAAGCGCUCAUCAAGCCGGGGUACUCUGUCCCCGCCUCGAUCCCCCGCGACGGUGCGUGAAGUUGGGUCAGGGUCAGCAAACGGGUCUGACGCCACCAUUGCACCGCAUCAGCCAUCGAUCACUUCCCGGAAACCACAAACACCUCCUGUCAAACCGCCUUCACGAAACCAAACGCGGUCGUCUAUGUCACACUCGUUUAGACCAGGGAGCGGCUCGCCGAAUGGCGGUCUGGACCAGCGAGUGCCGAAGACAUUACUGCUGGGUCCGGAACACCCCGAUCUGCCCCCUCAGCAGCAGUUGCAGCCUGCUGUCGCGGCUGCCAAAGUCUUUGAUCCAUUCAAUCGUCUUCUCGAUGACUAUCAACACGUCAUGGCCAAGAAUGGCUCGCUGGCUGUGGCGACGGGGUACCGGUCUGUCGCUCGGCGGCUUCUCGACCGGCUGGAAGCGGUGUUUGCGCGUGACAUCUCGUCCGAAUCGUGUAACUGCCUGAUGUGUGAUCACGAUGAGAUGGAAGAACGUCCAUCAGGAGUGAGCUGGGGCGAGGUACUCGAGCUGGUAUCUGGUCGCAGGGAACUGCCUAGCUGGCCACCAUUCAUGAUGGCGCCGUCAGUCGAAGCUGACUUGUCGGGCGACGAGCACAUUCCCAUGCAAAAGAUGGACAUUGACGUACCUGAAGAGUACCGUGAGCAUUAUCUCCGGCAGUCGCGCAAGACCAAGGCUGCAGUAGAUAAGUGGUUGAAUGAACAAGUCGCGCAGCCUACCAGUGCUCCGGAGGAAGUGGAUGACGAGACAUUGACCUUUGCAAUGCUGACACAUCUUGGCCCGGAGCUGCGUCCAUUGUUCUGUUCGCUUCUAGGCAUCACGUCCACGUCGACACCCACCCCACGGACGGACGACCACCAGCCUCGAGCUAAACCGCAGGCGCUUGUGUCAUCGUCAAUCGCCAUUCAACGACUCUACCGGCUAUCCUCUCUGCCGCGUGACCCUGAGACUGCAAUUUAUAUGUUGAACAACCCCGGCAUCCACCAUGUACUCGCAACCCUUGCUGCAAUCAGCGAUGACGAAUGGGAUAUCCUCAUCUCAGGUCGGUUUGAUGGAUUCUUGCGCAGUGGCGCUGAGGAUCCGAUCCCCGGCGUCCCAGGCGCGACUCCCUCACGCUGGAAUAGCAGUCGAUCGAAUACGCCCUUCACUACAGGGGGAAUGUCCCGCGGUCCGACACCGAGCCAUAUGGAUGGUGGCGUUCGACCGGCCAGUCAGCCGUACGGCGUCAAUUCAUCAUCGCCUGCCUCCUUCGGCGGACCCAUUGCGCUGGACGAGGAGACGGAGAUCGCGGCCCUCGCUGAGAUUGAGCGUGAGAUUUUCCUCGGAAUGGAAGCCCUCGAGGAUGCCUUUGAAGCUCUUCACUGCAAGGCGGAGGCCGUCCGGCGCGCGCUGCGUGAACGUGGAGCAGGCCUGUCCAUCGCUAAUCAGAACCGCCGUGGAUCGUACGUCGAGGCACGACUUGGCACACCAUCGUCCGCCUUGGGGACGUGGGAAAGUGGAACAGAGGAUGAUGGAAUUGACGAUGACCGAUCACUGGCGCCCGAUGACUCGGCCAGCAACAUCAGUUCCAACCGUCGACGACGACCCAAGCGACGCACCGAACGACGCACACCCGCGCCCGUCGAGGAGGAAGACGAGGAAGAGGAGGAGGCACAUCCAAGCCGCCGCGAUCGCGAUCGAGGGUCGCGAAGGAGAUGA